AUCAUUCAUCAUUCAUGGCCUUCCCUUCCCUUUAAAACUAAAACUUCACUAAUUAGAGUUCAUAAUACAAUCCGAAGCCCCACCUACACCCAUAAUUAUUAGCCAACGUUGCUUUCUUUGUUUCAAGGCAAAAAAAAUCCUUUUUUUUUUUUUUUAAAUCAGAGACUUGUUCUGUUGUUCAUCAUAUAAUCUCCACCACCACCAUCACCCAUAACAGAGUCGGUGCGCGACGGUCUGUUUGCCGCCGGCGGAAUCUAGUAUCAGAAGCUUCUCAUUUUCUUCUAUUGCUUUCUGAGACUAAAGGAAAAUGUUUCGCCGACUCUUAUGGCGAAAAUAUUUACCGAUUAAGGAUUAGUACAUUAAUUGCAAUUGGCUCUGCAAUGAAGUGGAUGUAGCUAUCUGAAGAAACGACGUUGCAGAAUGCUGUGCAGGAAGGGUCUCCGGAACUGCGAAUCAGGAUCGGUGCCGGUGUACCUCAAUGUGUACGAUCUGACGCCGAUCAACGGCUACGCUUACUGGUUCGGCCUUGGAGUCUACCAUUCCGGCGUUCAAGUUCAUGGUGUGGAGUACGCAUUUGGAGCUCACGAGUACUCGUCGACGGGGAUAUUCGAAGGAGAACCAAGACGGUGCGAGGGUUUCGCGUUUCGGACGACGAUACUGAUCGGAAAGACGGAGAAGGGAGAGGAAGCGGUAAGGAGUGUGAUGGAAGAGCUCGCCGGAGAGUACAGAGGGAAUGCGUACAAUCUCAUCACCAAGAAUUGCAACCAUUUCUGCAACGAUGCUUGCCUGAAACUCACCGGCAAACCUAUUCCCAGUUGGAUCAAUCGACUUGCCAAAAUCGGGUUCUUGUGCAAGUGUGUUCUUCCAGUGGCUAUAAACUCAACCAGAGUUAGGCAUCACAGAAUUGAAGACAAACACUGUGAAGAGAAGCAAGAAGCAGCAUCAUCAUCAUCAUCAACCAGUGUCCCUCUAAAAACAUCCGAUAAAAUUAUAACCAUACAGAUGCAGAGAUCAUCAUCAACAAGUGAGACAAAUAACAACAACAAGGUGGCACUUUCAAAUUCAACAUCUUCUCCACCAUCACCUUCCCUGGCUUCUUCUACCUCCUCUGCAAUAACCAGACCUGACCUUCCUCAACCUUCUUCACCUGUGAUUAUUGAGCCUUCUCCAUCUCCAUGUCCAAACUCUGAACAUUAGAUUCCCCCCCCCCCUUUUGGGUUUUGAUUUUCUGAAGUUGCUUUGAUGAAGAGAGCAAAAGAUUAGAGUUUCAAAUGAAAAAUGUAAUUGCCAUUCUUUUCAUUAUCCAAUUCCAAAUGUAAAAACUGGUAUCUGAAGAAAGCUGGCAGGAGACCUGGGGCCGAUAAUGUGCUUGUAUGUGUUCUAUUAUUGCCUCAUCUUGUGUUGGAUUUGGGUGUAAGACUGCUUUAGAAUUUGUCAAAAAACUGUAUUAUUUCAGAUUGAGAUACUCAAUCAAGAACAACUACUUAAGUUUGAUUUGCUUCACACAGUUUUUCCUAAUGGAA